GGGCGGGGCCUGUGGCCGAGACUGCGGGCGGCGGCGGAAGAUGGCUGCGGCUGAGGCUACCGACACCCAGCUGAUGCUCGGAGUCGGGCUGAUCGAAAAGGACACAAAUGGAGAAGUUCUGUGGGUAUGGUGCUAUCCUUCCACGACAGCUGUGUUAAGGAAUCUGCUGCUCAGAAAGUGCUGCCUUACCGAUGAACGCAAACUUCUUCAUCCCUUUGUCUUUGGUCAGUACAGAAGAACAUGGUUUUAUAUCACAACAACUGAAGUUCCAGAUUUUUCUGUCUUGCAAAAGGUGACUCAUUUUUCUAUUGUUCUGACCGCCAAAGAUUUUAACCCAGAGAAAUAUGCUGCCUUCACUAGGAUAUUGUGUAGAAUGUAUGUGAAACAUGGGAGCCCAGUUAAAAUGAUGGAGAGUUACAUUGCAGUUCUCACCAAGGGGAUAUGCCAGAGUGAAGAAAAUGGGUCAUUCCUUAGUAAGGACUUUGAUGUUCGAAAGGCAUAUCUGGCAGGUUCCAUCAAAGACAUAGUAUCUCAAUUUGGAAUGGAAACUGUUAUAUUACACACUGCACUGAUGCUAAAAAAACGAAUUGUCGUCUAUCACCCCAAAAUAGAAGCUGUCCAGGAAUUUACCAGGACUUUGCCUGCCUUGGUGUGGCAUCGACAAGACUGGACUAUCCUGCAUUCCUAUGUGCACCUCAGUGCCGAUGAGCUAGAAGCCCUGCAGAUGUGCCCAGGUUACAUUGCCGGCUUUGUAGACUUGGAGGUGAGCAAUAGACCAGAUCUUUAUGAUGUGUUUGUGAAUCUGGCUGAUAGUGAGAUCAGCAUCGCUCCACUUGCAAAAGAGGCCAUGACGAUGGGCAAACUGCACAAAGAAAUUGGCCAGCUCAUUGUUCAGUCUGCAGAAGACCCAGAAAAGUCAGAUGGCCAGGUUAUCCAGGAUAUUGCCCUAAAAACAAAAGAAAUCUUCACCAACCUAGCUCCAUUUUCCGAAGUCUCCAACGAUGGAGGAAAGAGAGUCCUCAAUUUUGAGGCACUAAAGCAGAAACGAUUUCCACCAGCAACAGAAAACUAUCUAUACCAUCUAGCAGCAGCUGAGCAAAUGCUGAAAAUCUGACUGUGAGCCAGACUGUCUGGUCGUCUGAUGUAAAGGUUUCCUUUCAUUCUGAUUUUCCAUUAACGAUGUAAAUUACUGAAGAUUACAGAGGAAAUGUUCUAUUUUUAGCAAUUUAUUUGAAAGUAUUGAGAUCUAACCCCAAAAGCCCUGAAAAAACACUCGUGAUUUCCUCCCUGCCUGCUGUCCAUGUGGGAGUGUUGUUUCUACUACAUCUGGUGUGAGCCAGCGUCGUCUUGGAGUGAGGGAAGAGCAGAUCCUGCAUAGGCAAAAGCCUCAGUACACAUUCCCUUUUGCCUCCUCAUGUAGCCAUAAACUAACAUUAAUUUUUCAGAAAGCUGCCUGAAGUUUUGCUUUGUAUUCUUCCAGGAAGAACUGUAAUGCCUCAUGAGGAACUCUACUUUCUGAGCCAAACUGCUAAGUUUUCUGCAGAACUGUCUAGAUCAUCCAAGAGGCUCUGCAGUUGCACCUUCUUGUAAAAGAUUUUUUUUCUUGGCCUUUGAACGUUUUGCCUAUAUUAUGAGGGUUUUGCAUAGAUUUUAUACUUCAGUAGACUUUAAUAAUCCAUAUUUAUACUGCACUGAUAUAAGCAUUUGGCAGAUUUAAGUCAACACUCUAAAUUUAAUCCUGCUAUGGCAACAUUUAGGAAAGAAAUCAGUCCUUGUCUGGUAGCAUACAUAGAAGGCCCUUUCAGUAUGAAUCUCUGGGCCUGAAACAAAGCCUUCAUGUGAUUGGUAAGGUAGUGACUCAGUUUUUUGCAGGGCCCAUGGCCAGAGAAUGUGAACAUCUUCAAAGGCUUCAGUAAAAGUAGUCUGUACCUUUUUCAUAGUUGAAGACCUUACAUUUGCCAAAUAAGCAGAGGUCUAAAUUAUAUACUCAUUUCAUUAUGUCUACUCAUAUUGAUUAGGAAAGGUUACACUCAGUACUGUUGUCCUUUGGCAUCUUACUUGGAAACAUGUUUGCAAAAAAAUUGUAGUGGAUUUUUUUUUCUUGUUCUUCCACACUCCUUAAGUAAAAAUGAAAAAACAAAAACAAAAAACCCCCAGGUUUUCCCCUCCUUCCUUGGGUGGGGACAGUGAGGACCUGGAAUGAGAUGAUGUUUACUGAGGCCAGCAAGUGAGAAUUAAAUUUGCACUUUGUGACAAACAAUACUAAUGUCUUUUUCUCCCUCAUUUUUUCUCAUAAUUAUUCUUAGCUACUGAUCAGAAAAAGAAAACCCUUUUCUCCCGUCCUAAGGCCUCAGGGAUUGUGUGGUUCGUCUGUAUGAGAGCGAAAGCCUUUUCCAUGUCCUCCAUCUCUGCCUGCUCCUCUCUUUGACAAGGUUUCCACAUACCUGCUCGAUGAUGUCAGCCUUUGCCCAUCCUUCUCUACCAUUAAUUUUGCUUAGUGUAUACCUGUGGCCAGACAAACCAUCUGGCAAGUAAUUAUGGAUUCAUUUUGGGCUUCUCUGAAAGUCCUUUUUAUGAAAAUUGGAAAUAACCCUUCAUUUUGGCUUAAGAAAAACUGAAAGGUACAAGAUUCAGUCUUUGGUGAUGUUAGAAACAUUGUUUCAACAUCCAAACAGGGACCCACCUUCUGCUAUGUUUUGGACUACCUGAAGGGCAAAUGGUGCCUUGAAGAGUUUACUGGGGAACAGGAUCAGCUCACAGGCUGAUGUACUAAUGUAGCCAAGGCCAGACCUGACAGGAGGGGGACAGGGUAAAAUGGAAUCCUGUGGCAAGGGCAUCUUGGAAACCUGGAGGCAAGGAUUAACAUACAAGUCAGUCCAAAGCAGAAGGGACAGCUUACAGGAAGGCCUAGAGAAGCCCACAGUGCAGGUGAAAACAAGAUGCUGAUUCAGAAUGAGGAGAGGAACUUCCAAGGAAGGUAACGGUUCCCCAGGGCCAAGUGAAUUGAUUUGGUCACCUGGCACUGGAAGCCCAACCUUGUCUGCAGGUGUGUGAAGAGCAGCACCAGCAGGGGGCACUACUGCGCUGAGCUGGAUGGCAGCAAGACCAUGGUUGUCUGGACAGUUGGGAAGAUGAGGCAUCCUGUAGAAUGAGGUGGGGUGAGGGUGCCCGCAACACUGUUGCCUGAUGUGGAGACGCAGUGGCAUCAGAUGGAGGGAGCUGAGCCCAUGUGUGAGUGGACUGGCUUUGGAUCUGGCGGACACCCUAAUAGCCUAAUCAGGUCUUGCUCAGAGCCAGGAUAGGUCUAGGGGCCAUCAGCAUGGCAGUGUAGCCUUGGGAUAGGGGUACGGGUGGGAACAAUUCUCGGCUAACAAUGCGGACCAAGCCCCCAAGGCCCCAGUGCUGAUCAAGGCUGGCUCUGAAGGGCUUUUGUUACUUUCUUGAUGAAAUUGGCUUAGGAGGAACCAAUUGAAAGGGAAGCUGGAGGCAGAGGGGACCCCAGAGACAGAACAAGGCCCUGAGCCACAGAGGGAUCAGGAGCUGAAGCCAGCUGGCCAUACAGAACAGGAGGUACUGCUGCUGGUAAUGGCCAUGGCUGACCCAGUGAGGAAGCUAACAGGGUCCUGUCAGUGAGGAGCUGCGAGUGUGGCAGGUGGGUACUGGUUAUCUGGUAUUGCCAAACUGAGCAGGACUAACUAUGGCAGGCACUAGGGCUGGGGCUGCCUGGGCUCCCAAUCUGGAGAUGGGCAAGGGGCAACCUUCACCUGUAAUCUUUGAAGCAUUCCGUUUUAGAUGUUUAUUAGUACUUCACAGUGUCUUUUCCCAGGCAGGCUCCUCGAUGCCAGCUAGGACCCUCUUGUCCCUCUUCCAGCCUCAGAACCCAGCUCCAAGGCUAGUCUGUCUUGCAGGGGUCUCCUGAGACCUUGAAGGAAAGGAGGAUUCCAAGCA